AUACAUUAAUGAAUUGCUUGUGUCCAGUAGCCUACGUGUGGAGUAUGGACUACAUUUCCCACGAUGCAUUGAGCGGGGGUUAUAGGUUAUCAGGACUUGUGUUGUUCUCCACGGCCACUGCACCCUUCUUUCACCGAAAAAUAAGAACCUUGCACUUAAUAUUGUGCAAUAUUCGUUAUCUAACCCGCAGAUAUAGCUAGCUAAAUGAGGGCUGUUUGUCUGCCAGUGUUCACUCAGUGUGUAUGAGCGCUGCUCCGGACGAAAACCCUGCUGGGAAUAACCAACGGGUGCUGCUGGACUGCUGCGGAGGACUCAACAACGUCGAUUAUUCGAAGCUGUUUCUUUCAGAUGGACUUGACACCGAUGGAAGGACUCCUAAAACACAUCGACUUUGGUGACGCCAGCUUUUGUAUCGCUGUGAUCGCCAUCAUUUUCAACCCUUUCUUCUGGAAUGUGGUGGCGAGAUGGGAGCAUCGAACACGGAGACUCUCCAGGCUCUUUGGUGGCCCCUACCUGGCCUGUUACUGCCUGGGCUUCGUCAUCAUUCUCCUCAACGUGUACCGAAGUCACAGUAUGACAGUGGCGAUGAAGGCCCAGGCCAGGUGGGAGGUGAUGGACAGGACAGAUGUUUUCUACGCUGGCGUAGCUCUCAUGGUGCUGGGCACUGUGCUGGUGGUCGGCAGCUUCCUGGCUCUGGGAUUCGUUGGCACCUUCCUAGGUGAUUACUUUGGCAUCCUGAUGGAUGAGAAGGUGACAGGCUUUCCCUUCAACAUCAUAGAGAACCCAAUGUACUGGGGCAGCACUGCCAACUACCUCGGCCUGGCACUCAUCGGUGCUAGUCCGGUUGGUCUCGUCCUGACUGCCAUAGUAGCCGUGUCUUACAAGGUGGCGAUACAAUUUGAGGGACCGUUCACUGAGAAGAUCUAUCAGGAGAGGAGUCAGCGCCGCAAGCUUGAAUAAACACCUCCCGCCCAUGCGUUUCCUGCUCCCGGGUUUGGCUGAGGAUUCCCGUCCUAUCACAAAGACAGACAAACUGAACCACAGACAGACUUACCAACAGGGGUGCCAUUAAUCCACCUCCAGUGUGGAUACACACGUUCAUAGGUUCACACUGCAGCUGCAAGUGUUCCAUUUUUGAUUUGGUUUUUAUGCUCAUCUAAUGAAUGUGGACGCUACAUGGAGCCAUUUUUUCUAUUGUCAUUUUGGACCACAUGGUUAUGAUAAUAGUUUGGUAUUCUGAAAAAUCAUCUAAUUUUCUUUCUUGUUGAGAGUCAACAACAUUGAGAACAUUGAUAUCACUGGACAUUAGAGUUAGGGGUGGAAAUCUCUAGGCACCUAACACCUAACUUAAUUCGAUUUGAUUCUGAUUCAGUGGGCUGUGAUGCCAUGAUAUAACUGUGUAUAACUAUAUCUGUGCGUCUUGUUGCAUCAACAGUUUUUAUUUGUAUACAUUAUUGGGUUUUUUUCUCACUCUAUGACUACUUGAUAUGUGUAAUAAGCCAUAAUUAAAAUAAACAGAUUAAUUUACUGCCA